GACAAUGUACCAUUAACAAAGCGUGACAUGUACUACAAGGAUGUCCCCCUCUUCAAAGCUCAGGGAACUGUUGAUCGACUCGUCGAUGAUCUUGCCGUGACAUUGGACCUAGAACGGGCCGACCUCAAAAUUCGCGCUGCAUCGAAGGGCCUUAUAUGCGGCACUGGGCUGACAAUUCACCUUCUCGAAGGCGAAGUGAUUUCUAUUAACGACUUAGAGGGAACUUUGAUACCUACGGGUGAAACCAUAGAGCGAUUUGAGCUGAAAGAGGAUAUUUCAUGGGUCCUUGUGGUCGAGAAAGAGGCUGUCUUUCAAACGCUGUGUCGUUUUCAGUUUGCAAGCCACCAGUCGCUUCCCGGUCCUGGGCUCAUAAUCACUGGUAAGGGAUAUCCUGACGUGGCCACCCGACAACUCGUGAAAACCUUAUCAGACAACCUUCCAGCGCACAUUCCGAUCGUUGCACUUGUCGAUGGCGAUGCGUAUGGACUCGACAUUCUAUCGGUGUACAAGUAUGGCAGCCGCAGUCUACGACAUGAGAACGAAAAACUCGCAGCAAAACGAAUCGAAUGGCUUGGCAUCUGGGCAUCCGAAAUUGCAGACCUCGAAAUUGAUUUGGACACACUGAUCCCGAUCACACUGCAUGAUGAGAAGAAGGCGCUCGCAGUGCUCAGCCGUGCCACCGAUGUUGUGCCCACGAAAUGGAGGCAGGUGUAAGUUUCAUACCGUAACUCGAUACUGAAUGUGCCUACAGAAAAGAGCUCACGCGGAUGCUCCACAUGCGAAGGAAGGCCGAAAUCGAGAUUCUGUCGAGUUCCUCAAGUCAAAAGUCUAACUCCCUUAUACAUUACUUGGCUCAUAAAGUCUGCCACUUCAUCGAGAUGUCUGCCUGACGGUGAUUCGAAUGCCAGGCAUACUCACAGCUCUUUGGCACAAUAGUCUUUGAAAACAUCCCUCCAGAGUUUAUGGGUAACGGUGUCACAACGCAGCAUAACUGUCGUGAGUGUGCCAAACGCGUAGAAAAUAGAACGACAUACAUACGAAAGUACUUAUAUCAUGCAAUCAAGGUUCAUUAUCACCAG